AUAACAAAGUAUGAUAGAACCGCACAGGAAAUAUGAGCGAAUUAAGACCAAUAAUUCUUGGUUUCGGGCAUGGAUUGAAAGAUUCUCUACUUGGAACGAUUUUGCUGCUAAGAGUGAACAGUAUUCUGGAGGAAAGACAAACGGAAGACCAAUUUAAAACAGACCCGCAGUCCUCUAGACGAACAAGGCAAAGAGGCAGGCAAAAUGAACUCGAUAAAAAGACAGAUAGAUCUACAGGAGCUAAAGAUAUUUACAGCAAAAUGUUGCAGUGCUGCAUGCUAAAUGGUGGAAUAUUUUGGAUGAGUAUUUUUCUCUUUGAGAAUUAUAUCCUUCCUGGGCUACAAUUUUUUACUCACUUUAUAUUCAAUACACUGGUUGGAAAUGCACACCAUCAGGGUUUGUGGCUGUGGAGAUGGAUGGGACCUUUGUUAUCAUAUUUGUUCAGUGCUUUGUGGGUGUUACCUCUCUUUUGGCUCAGCAAGCCACUCAAUUCAUUAUGGUAUCAGGAGAUAGCUGAUUCUGCAUACCGCAACACUAGAGGAAGGCCUCUUGGAUUCUUGGCUUCACUCAAGAAAGAAAGUGUGUCAUCCCACAUCAGUAAAACAGUGGCUGACUUCUUCUUUAGCUUUUUGCUUCAGGUGCUUUUUCUUGUGCAGGCUGUGGUUGUAGGAUUUCUUCCAAUUGUUGGUCCUGUGGUCAGUUUGGCUCAUAUGUGUCUGCUGUACUCACUUUAUUCCUUUGAGUACAAGUGGGUGAAUAUGGGAUGGCCCGCCCCAAAGCGACUCACGUACAUGGAAUGUAACUGGCCAUAUUUCGUGGGAUUUGGACUUCCUCUUGCUGUUCUCACCUCACUAGCGCCUUCCACUAUAAUCAGCGGCUGUGUGUUUGCCAUACUGUUUCCCAUUUUUAUUAUCAGCGGGAAUCAAGCAAAAGUCGUAGAAACAAAUCAAGUACCAGUCAGGCUGUUUUACGUGGUAGUACGUCUAACAAACAAGAUCCUAAUGGGGAAGUCUGUGCCAAGUAGGACUCAGUCUACCAGCCCUGACUCGACCGUGGGCACGUGAUGAAGGGAAGGAGUUUGGUAACCAUUAAUCUCCAGGUUUACUUCACAAAAUAACAAGUGAAGGGAGGAAAAGAUGCACGAAACGAGAGAAUUACCUUAGGAAGCAACGAUUUUAGUCGGGAAAGUAAUCAGCUCAAACUGAUCACGAACAUAGUUUGGCGGGAAUUGGUCGAAAAAAAAAAAGUCGAAUUCGCAGUUGUCUGUUUUUUAGACUGUCACGCAAAAAACAUUUCCAAAAGUGUGUCGUCGUGACAGCAUUGCGUGAGGUCUGCUAAAGCCACCAGGAAGGAAACAAGUCAGAUAAGAGUUAACGCAAGGACGUUUUGUCUUAACACUGUUUUGGUAACUUUUUCUUACAUGGAAAACAACUUCAUGAUUUCGCAAAUGGAUCAUCAAUGCAUCGUAGUUUAGGUAAAAAGUUAAAAUUUUAUAGGAAAGCAAGCAAUAAAAACGUGGGAAAUUAAAAUGCCUGUUUAGAAAUCGAACUUAA